CUGCCCGUGUUGUGUUUACCAUCAAACAGCGUUGACAUCUCCAUGCCGGACAUCAGCUGACCGCAAAGACCGUUUUCCUUUCCAUUUCUCAGAGUUCUAUGUAACGUUCACCAGGCUACGCGAUCGCUAGCCCAACCCAUAGACACGAUGAAUCAGGAAGAUCUGUACUGGUUUACUUUCAUCCUUGUAACGCUGCUCGGAUUCUUCACCUACAAGCUGCUGACCCGCCAUCGCUCGUACUUCCGACUGUUGCGCGUUCCGUUCGAAAGGCCACACUUCCUGUACGGCAACCUGGACGAUGUGCUUAGCGGCAAGCUAACGACGAUGGAGAAGCUGGAGCAGUUCUAUCGCAAGUUUUCUAAUCAUGGAUUGUUCGGUUUCUUCAACUACAUGACGCCGGCGUUGUAUGUGCGCGAUCCGGCCCUAAUACGUCAGCUGCUGCAGCCGAACAUGAGUCAUUUUGAAAGCCAUGGCUACUUUCUGGACGAAGAGAAGGAUCGCUUCCUCGGCUGCCAGCUGCAUCUCGUCAAGGGUGCGGAAAAGACCACCAAGAUGGCCUCCUUUCUUUCGCCCAUUUUCCGCACCCCGAAAGUUCCCUGCUCGAUGGAUGUGACUACGCGCAAGUGUUGCGCAGCGUUGACCGAUUUCAUUGCGUCACGUGUGGAGCUUGAGCUGGAAUUGAAGGCCAUUUUCGUGAAGCACACGCUCAACCUGUUUGCCGGUAUCGCUUUCGGCAAGGAGCUCAACACAUUCGAGGACGACACGGAUCGGUUCUGUGCCGUGGCGAGCGGGAUGGCGUACGGGACAAAUCCGGUGCAGGUGAUCAAAACGAUGGCAUUCUACCUGAUGCCCGGGUUUAUGCGCACCGUGGGCGUACAGUUUACCGACCGAGAGGAGAUGGAUUAUCUAGUUAAACAAUACCGUGCGGCAGCUUCGGCACCCAACCUCCAUUCCGUGGCGCGCUACCUACGUCAGGCGAAUGGAAAGAUGAAACCAUCCGAGCAGCUAACCGACGAACAGCUUUCCGCGCAGUGUGCCAUGUUUUUCACCAAGGGAUUCGAACCGACACUGAACCUGCUGUCCUUUGCUGUCUACGAGCUGGCCCAAAACCCGGACGUCCAGCGGAAGCUGUACGAGGAAAUGCACCACAAUGGGCUGACCACCGGAAGCGCCACCGGUGUGCCACCGUUUGAAAGCAUCCGUACGCUUCCCUACCUCGAAGCGAUCGUGCUGGAAACGCUGCGCAAGUGGCCGUCCCAUCCACUGCUGGUUCGAGAAUGCACCAAACCAUUCACCAUUCCGGCCACCGAGAAUGGGGACCGGGCGGCAAUUCCGCUGAAGGUGGGUGAUAAACUCUACGUGUCGGUUUGGGCACUGCAUCGAAGCGGCGAUUACUUCCCCGAGCCGGAACGCUUCAGCCCGGAGCGGUUCGUGGGGAAGGACGUAAUCAAUGCUGCCCAGCCGAGCACGUUCAUUCCGUUCGGCAUUGGGCGCGGCUGCCUGGGCCAGGAGUUUGUGAAGCUGACGGUAAAGGCGACACUGGUGGCACUGCUGCAACGGUUCAAGCUACAGCCCGGAGAGCGUACGCCGGAACCGCUGCAACUGAUCGAAUCUGCCUCGUCGCUAGAAGCACGCGACGGUUUCUGGAUACGGCUGGAGCCACGGUUGUAAACGAUCCAUGCACUGCCGAGCACUAUGACAGUAUUUACGAAUAUGUUUUAACCCAUUGCCAAAUAGAACGUAACGUACAAAGAGGUGUC